AUGGGAUUUGACGAUUUGAUACCAGACCUUGGAGGUUUCGGACGCUACCAGAUAUUUUCACUACUUACAUUUAUGAUCUUCUUUGGUCCAAACGGAUGGCAGCACAUUAUCACAGUUUUCAUAGCUGGUCGAAUACCACAUUGGUGCAACGUGCCAGAAUUAGAGCAUCUCAACCAUUCGACAUUCCUGCAUAUAGCUGUCCCCCUUGAGGAGAAUCAGUAUGGGGAGGCCGUGUAUAGUCAAUGUAGGGUCUACGAUUUCAACUACUCCAGCAUGGGGAACAUCACAGCCGAGGAUGUGGCCAACUGGAAGCCGAAUGGAAACAUCUCUACCAGAAAAUGUAGUGGAUAUAUCUAUGAUACAAGCAAGUUUUCAUCUACACUUGUAAGCCAGUAUGAUCUUGUGUGCGACAGAAAUUGGCUUUAUACUUUGGCAGCAUCAGCCUUCAUGGCGGGGUUGUUCUGUGGAGCUUUCUUCUCUGGUACAUUGGCGGACAGGUUUGGACGACAACGAAUCUUCUCAAUUAUGUUGAUGUUACAAUUGCUCUCUACCCUCGGUGCGGCCUUGGUUCCGAACUAUGCAGCGUUUUUGGUACUACGUGGAUUUGUGGGUCUAUCAUCUUUGGGCACAUAUCAGACGUUAAUGGCCUACAUUCUGGAGGUUAUACCCAAGGAAGCCAGGUCCAAGGGGUUUUUCAUCCUCAUGCUGGGACGUUCGGCAAGAGGUCUGCUUGUAUUAUGGGCUUACUUUAUACGAAGUCAUGUACACCUCCAAAUAAUGGCGUCACUUUGUUUUAUACCUGCAUUGAUAGCGACUUUCUUGCUAUCAGAGUCCCCACGCUGGUUAAUGGCGACUGGAAGGCUGAAAGAGGCAGAAAAGGUGUGCAGAAGGAUUGCGAGGAUAAAUGGUGUGAAACUUCCAGAAAAUUUCAACAUAAAUAAAUUCACAGAGGUAGAAGAUGAAACAGCGAGUGAUGGGAAUAAAAAGAAUGCAACCUUAUUUGAUUUAUUCAGGACUCCACGUUUGAGGAAGCGCACCAUUCUCUCAUAUUGUCUCUGGUUUUCAGUGGUCUUCUUUUCAUAUGGUCUUGGACUCAAUAUUGAAAAAAUCAUUCCCGGGGAUAUUUAUCUAAACAUGUUCCUUAUGAUGUUUGUGAACGAGGUUGGCAGUUUAGUGAUUGGAUAUGUUGCGCUGUUUAAACUGAAGAGAAGGGUCGUAGUGUCUGCCUGGCUCAUCAUCGCCGGUAUCAGUGUUGUGGUCAUGGCUCCAGUAUUACUACUGAAUAUCAGCGGUAUUGUGAUUGCUCUAGGCCUGAUUGCAUCAGUGGUGGUAGCCAAUCUAUGGGCGUUAGUGUAUUUGUACUCGGGUGAGCUGUUUCCAACGGUGGUACGGACUAUCGGAAUGGGGAGUGGUUCUAGCGUCGGGAGACUUGGUGGCCUUAUCACACCUCAACUCCCAUUGUUGGGUGAAAUUUGGUAUGGUUUACCCUACAUAGUUCUAGGCAUAGUGCCAAUAGUAGUUGGAGUGCUUGUGCUAUGCCUGCCUGAGACUAAGGGACAGAGGCUACCUGAUACCCUAGAAGAAGCAGAGCUAUUUGGAACAGCUGAAUACAACAACAGAGGUAGUGAAAUGGGAGCACUAACAUCCAUUAAUAAGAUACCAGGUCCUGUUUUGAAUAACAAUGUACAAGAUAAUGGAGAGCCAUGAAUGCCGUCAACCUGGUCAACGUUAUAGAAAAAGAACAUUUUGACUCAUAAAUCCAAACGCCUCUAGUAAUGAGCACUUUGCAACAAGAGAGUAGAUAUAUAUCGAUAGGACCUCCUACCCUUUUACACCGGUACCACUGAACCAAAUGUGGCCAUAGAUAUGCAAUGC